AUGCAAUUCCUCACAUUACUCUCCCUCGGCCUUAGCGCCACAUUCGUCCUCGCAGCCCCAACCGCCGACCUCACUGGUGCCGCCCUCACCAAGCGCCAGGCUAUCUGUGGAGAUGGAAAUCGAGGAUCGCCACUUUGCUUUGGUGGCAUCUUGUACACUUGUACGACGGUGGUGAUGGGUGAUGCAAAUGUUAUUGAUAGGGUGUCCUUGGCUGUAGGAGUAAGAUUGUGGAAUGUGAUGAGACAGGAGAGAGAUGUAAUUCCUAAUUACGUCACAACUCAUUUCUUACAUCCUGCAAGAACAUUAAAAAGAAAUCCAUCACAUUUCAAUUGA